AUGGCUUCCUCAUCUUCUGGAGCUCCGGCUUCCACUUCUUUAUUCGAAACCCUUACCCAAACACUAGGUCUUUCACCUAAUCCAAAAUCAAAAAAAUCAAAAAAUACCAUCCACCAAACCCCUUCCAACGAAUCCACGAUCAACACCAACAAUCCAAAAACAGACACAACCAAUAAAAAACUCAAAAAAAGACAUGAUCCUUAUGAACUCCCAAAUAUAGCAACAACAUCCAAACAAGACAAACGCAUAACACGCAGCAUGACUAAACCUAAUAAAGACCAAAAUGUCUUAGAUGAUACACUAAUGGAUGAUCUCAUCAGUAAUCCAUCUGAAGAUGAAACAUAUCACAUCAACACAUCCAAAAAUGAUUCUCUAUUUAUUAUCAGUGACAAAUCACAAUUCACCAUCAAUAUAAACAACAAACAAACAACAUCCAGAUCUAUCGAUGAUGAAAUGCAUGACAUAGUUGACGAAAUACAUGACAUAGUUGAUAAUUCAGACGCUCAAACAUCUGAACACGAUGACAUCACUCAAAAAUCGAU